AUGUACCUGUACGAUGAGGAGCAGUACAGGCUCGAGGAUGCCGAUGAUAUGGAGAUCUUCCUCGACCGCUUUGGUCAGGCCAGCCAGGUCGACCUGCUUGUGUCGUCGUCGUCGUCGGGCGCACCGGGCUCGGCGGCCCCCAUUACCAGCACGCUCCCCGUGCAGGGCUCGCACAGCAUUGCCCCACCGAUCCAGUACGCUGCGCUUGGCCCGUUGCAGAGCGCUGGCCCCAACGUGCCGGUGCUGGAUGAGUCGACUCUCGUCACGCGCACGCCCGCGCGCGGCAAGACGGGCUCGGUGAGCAUCCACCGCGUGCCCGCGGCAACGGUGCCCGGAGUUGAGGAGUACGUCGAGGCCGGUGGUGUGAGCGGUGGUGGCCGUGACAGCCUGCUGUACCCCCCGCCCCGCGAGACGUCCGUUUCGAGCUACCACCAGCCGCAGCCGCUCGAUGCGCGCUCAAUCAAGCAUGAGAAGUCGAGGAGGACGAUCCCCCAGUCCAACAACUCGCCGAACCUGCCACACAAGGUGGCAUUUGAAGAGUUCCACUCGCAGCGUGGUGUGCGCCUGCUGCGUGGCAGCCUGGGCCCUGUGAGCAACGUGCCAAUGAUGCUCAAGUCGGGUUAUCGCCACGUGUAUGUGAGCCGCAGCUUUGCGCUGGAGCACGGCUUCAUUCCGGUGGAUACGACACCCGGCACGUACGGCUACAACGGUAUCACAAAUCUAGGCAAGUGGCCUGUGCAGGUCGGCAGCAAGGCUGUCCCGUGCACGGUGAUGCUGGCUGAGGACAGCUUCUUCCCUGUGAUCCUGGGCCGCUCGUUCAUGGAGAAGCGUGGCGUGCGCACGGAUCCUAUUGACAUGACCUCGGUCAUCUUUAUGGACAACGGCGAGCGUGCGGAUGUCGAGGUAGUCGUCGUGCGCGACGAGCUGGGCCAGCCUGUUCCCAUCCCCUAA